AUGUCUGCACCUUUGAUCACACGAAAAGCAUGUGUACGAUGUGGAGAGACUAUGAAUACACCCAUCAAGUUCCUUAUCGAGUGCUGCAAGUGUCAACGCGUUUGGCAUCACCCAUGCCACAUCCCACCUAUCUCCGAAGCAGAGAUUCUGCGUCGUAUCGAGGCCGACGAACAAGGCCAGUCUGCAGACGGACUUGACACUUGGGUCUGUAAACGAUGUUCGAAACAAUUGGCGUCCAGAAAAGAGGUAUCUAGUGCGCUUGUGACAUCUGCAGAAGUCGUGGAGGUUGCAUCC